AUUUUGUGUCAAUCAUGUAAUUAAGUGAGGUGUAGUUUAGGGGCUAAAUAACAAGCAUUGAAUGUUGGAGGCUAAAGCUCUCAGUGACAGCAAGUUGGAGGGGCACAGGGGGUUAAACCAAACUGGGAGUAACUUGGCUUUGCCGGUGCCGGUUGAAAACUUAAAACUGGCCCCUACGUGGCAGCUUGAGAGAUUGCGUGUGUUAGAGCGAGUGAAAAACUCGGGGGCGCGUAGCAUUCGUCGCAAAACGGAACGUUUAAGUCGCGUUCGGAACGUGGUAGGUGCGUACAGCGAAGUAAAUAUUGCUUCAGAGUCGUCCGUCUUUUUCUCUCUCUUGCUAAUUCCUUCUGCUCCUGUAUUCUCUGUUUUCCUUGUUUGUAUGGCCGCUAAUUGGAAGAGUGGUGGAGGGAUCGCCAAGCGACUUUGUCAACACAUCUCCACCCGCGAUCCUAUUCCUAUUCCCUUCAUUACCAGGAGAACUGCCCACGCAUCCACAUAUGACAAGAACCUGGAUGAUCAAGUACGUCCGACUGUAGUCCCUGAUGAAGUAAUCCAGCCCCAGUCAGAAAAGUAUUGGGCCCCGCACCCCCAAACUGGCGUGUUUGGACCGGCAACCGAGCAAAAUACUUGUGUUGGUGUCGAACGUGGCAUUCAUUUCCCACCUGCCAAAGGUGAGGACUCAGUGCUAGAGGAGAAGGCCUGGUUCCGCCCAACAAGCCUUGAGGACUUGGAGAAGCCACAUCAUCCCUGAAGACUGCUGUUGAGCUGCCAUAUGUAAGCAUAUAUAGGUGUGCUUAAUCUUACUGUACUAUUAAGCUCAGUGGAAUAAACCUUCUGAUGAUCAUAUUUUAACUGGUACCAUAGAAGGGAUUCGUUUGCUAUGUAAACUCAUCGAUCCAAUUAUGGUGAACAUUAUUACGGACGAAUGUGUAUGGGUUAUAUUUUCCCCUUGUCUUAUUAUGAAAUAUCUUGGUUUCGGUAUUGCGACUACGAUUUUGAU